AUGCCAGUAACACACGUCCUCGAUCCCAACGGGGACGUCACUCUCAUUCUCAAAGACCCCGACGCAGCCUUCGCACACGGAUGCCUUGCUCCUCAGCAGAUCUACGAGACCGAGACCGAGACGCCCUCUCCUUCGAAUUUCGCAACUAACGGCACUUCGUUUCCUCCCUCCUCCGCGAAUCUCGAAGCCGAAGCCAGAGCCAAACACCGAGCGGACGACGCGUCUCUUUCUUCUUCUUCGACUGAAAUCCGUUUCCAAGUCUCUUCAGCUCACCUUAUCCUCGCCUCGCCGGUCUUCAAGAGCGCUCUCACCGGGUCCUGGAAAGAAAGUGUUGAGUUCAAGACAAAAGGGACAGUUGAGCUGGUGGCUAUCGGGUGGAACGAAGAAGCGUUAUUGGUCUUCCUCCGAAUAAUCCAUUGCAUGCCCCUGGAAUUGCCGGACAAAAUGCCACUCGAAGCUCUCGCCAAACUCGCCGUAGUCGCUGAUUUCUACGACUGCAUGAAGCUGAUCGCCUUCUUCGCGGAUACUUGGCUUACGACCGCGUUAGCACCGGACUACGAUUCCCUCCUCGACGAAGAUAAUGACAGGUUUAUCCCUCGAAAUACACUCCGGCUAUGGGUAUCGUGGGCUUUCCAUCAAGAGGACGCAUUCAAGACUCAUUCGCAACACCUCAUCUCCUACGCACGGGACUCGAUCACACCCCUUGGAUUGCCGCUACCGGAGACGGUAAUAGAUGCGAUGAACCGCCACCGCGAAGCCGCCAUCGCAGAUACACUCAACCAGUUGAUGGCUAAGAAACGCGAGAUCCUCACGUUCAAACCUGGCUGCGACACGGAGUGCAAGGUCAGGAUUCGUGAUGCGUUGAACAAGUUCCUCGAUAAAGAUCGGCUUCAUUCGGUCACCGCGCCGUAUCCCGAUAUUAGCCAAUUCAACCUGGCCUUAGCGGCGAAGAAUAUUCUGUCACGAGGAUGGAGGGUAUACCACGAGAACGACUCUAAAAAAUGGCGCUAUCACAAAUGCCGACACUCAAAAUUCAGCUGGAUAUUCAAGGAGCUGAAAUACAGGAUUCCGGGUCUGGACCUUAAGGAUUUAAAGCCUUGGUAUUUCUCUUUCGACUGUUCUCCGGAUGACUAUCGAGGACUUGCCGACUGA